CAUGUGGUGGUGUCGAACCUGCGUCGAACCCGUCGAACUACGACGCUGUUUCUGCUUCAAAUUUUAAUUUAAUCCUUAUUCUUUUUCGGAUCAAAAUGAGUGGGGCGAGGCAGUUUUCCAACGCAAACAGGCUGCCGAAAAAAUUCGUCAAAGCCGCGAAGAUGCUACAGGCUGUCAAGGAGAGGCAAGAGAGUCUGAAUAACUUGAUUUAUUCCGAGUCGAAUGCCCACGUCGACAUCAGGAGUAUUUAUGGAUUGGUGAGCAAGGCCUUGCAACACGCUGAGGAGCUGGAAAAAAUGUGCAAAAUCCUAAAGGAAAAAUCCGAAAGCAACUACAUCGAAGAGUACAAAUUAAAAAUUAUCUUGACCGAGCUCUACUGGGGGAAGCAGCACCUGCCUCAUGUACCAGAAAACUUCAAUGUUCAAUUAAUCAAGGCUAAUCAGGAUCUGCUCGAUAAAGUUCCUGCCAGCAUUGAGGACUUUGUACCAAAAAAUUCAUUGCCUCGAUAUGUUCGGAUCAACACUCUAGUGACGUCCAAAGAGUACGUUAUGGAUCAUCUGGCCCAAGACGGCUGGGAGCUGGUGGAAACGCCAAUCACAUACAAUAGAUUUCUCAAGCGGAGUGCCAAAUUAGCCGAACCGAAUUUCAUGGAGGACUUCCACUACGACGAUUUGUUAGUCUUUCCAAGCAAAACUCCUAUUUUCAAGCACUGCCUCUAUGAAAGUGGUGCGUUCGUUCUUCAAGCAAAGUCCAGCUGUAUUCCUGUGAAAAUUCUCGACCCCAAGCCUGGUGACGUCGUGAUGGACCUGUGCGCCGCCCCAGGAAUGAAAACUACGCAAAUUGCUGCUCAUUUGGAAAACAAUGGCAUUAUUCACGCCGUUGAGGUGAAUCCGAAGAGGUUUGCGCUCCUGCAGAAAAUGCUCGAAGACUACUCAGUCGAGUGUGCGAAAACGCACAAUGAGGACGCUCUUGCCCUAAAGCCUGAUGACUUUCCUGACGUCACGCACAUCCUGCUCGACCCCAGCUGUUCCAACUCUGGAAUGGGAAGGGCUGAUGUUGAAAGCAAAUCUGAGGAGCAGCUGAGAAAGCUGUCGGCAUUCCAGACGAAAGCGCUGGUGCAUGCUCUGAGCUUUCCGAACGUGAAACGCAUCGUUUACUCGACCUGCUCUAUCAACACAGACGAAAAUGAAGCCGUCAUUGACAGCGCAAUGAGACAGAAAGGUGACCUGUUCCGAGUGGUCGAGGACUUGCCGUUGAGUGAGGAUUUCUCCAGAGGAUCGCUUGAUUUUGAGUUUGGAAAGCAUGGUGUUUACUUCCGCAGUGAUAAAGACCAAACCACGGGCUUUUUUGUGUGUGUCAUCCAGAGAAUAUAAAGUUUAAUAUUAUUA